AUGCCAACGUCUAAGCAAAUUAGAAAUAGGGAUAAGUUUACCAAGGAAUAUAAAGUAAAGGAGAUCCAAAGAAAUCUGACCAAAAAGGCAAGAUUGAGGAAAGAGUAUCUGAAAGCUUUGAAGAGUGAAGGUUAUGAAGUUCCUGACAAGAAACCAACGCCAGUUUCCAAGGAUGAUAUUAAGCAUUUAAAAGAAGAGCGUGCAUUACAAGGUAAGAGGAAAUUAGAUGAGAAGAAGGAGAUAAAGAAACAACGAAAAAGGCUACAAGCUGAACAUGCUCAAGAGGCCAAAAGGAAAGAGGAAGAGAGGAUAAAGAUCAUCGAGCAAAAAGCACAAGAGCGUGAAAAGAGGAAGGUUAAAAUGACCCAAAAGACCAAGACUGGUCAGCCAAAAAUGGGACCAAAAAUUGACGAUAUGUUGGAUAAGAUUAAAAAUAAUUCCUUAUACACAGAGUAA